AUGGCGCCCAAGAACGUCCCUACCGCUGAAGAGCAGCUCAUUGCGGAGCCUCAAGGCGGGGCUCCGAGCUCCCCACCUGAGCUCCGGUUCCUGCAUUACAACGAUGUUUAUCAUAUCGAAGCUGGAAGCCAGGAACCAGUCGGUGGCUACCCGCGGUUUCAGACCCUGAUCAACUACUACAAGGACGAUUCUAGAUUCCAAGGACAGCCAAAAGCACUGACGUUUUUCUCUGGGGAUGCCUUCAACCCGAGCAUAGAGAGCAGUAUCACAAAAGGCAAUCACAUGGUACCUGUGUUGAACACCAUAGGUACCGACGUCUCCUGCGUAGGAAACCACGACCUUGAUUUUGGCGUCAAGCAAUACCGCUACCUGACAGCAAAGUGCAAAUUUCCAUGGCUGCUCGCAAACGUUCUUGACCCAGCGCUUGGCGACAACGUCUCUCUGGGCAACGCAAAGAAGACGGUCAUGCUGACAUCGUCCAACGGCAUCAAAGUCGGUGUCAUUGGACUGGCAGAGCGAGAGUGGCUCGACACGAUCAACGCACUACCGCCGGAUAUCAUCUACAAGAGCGCAUCCGCGACCGCAAAGGAGCUCAUUCCGGACUUGAAGAAGCAGGGCGCUGAGAUCAUCGUAUGCGUCGCUCAUCAAAGAGAGCCGAACGACAACAAGCUCGCCGAGAACUGCGGCAGCGAGUACAUCGAUUUGAUCCUUGGCGGUCAUGACCACUACUACUCCUACAGCCUCAUCAAUGGCACCCAUGUCCUGCGAUCGGGCACAGACUUCAAGCAGCUUUCACACAUCGAUCUUUGGCGUAAGCCUGAUGGCAAAGGCUGGGACAUGAAGAUUAUACGACGUGAUGUCGUGAGCAGUAUCAAAGAAGAUGCCGGAGCACUUGCGCUGGUGGAUGAACAGACGCGCGAUAUCAAGAAGCGAUUGGACAAGCCUGUUGGAUACACUGCUGCACCGCUCGACGCUCGUUUCACCACUGUGCGUACAAAAGAAUCCAAUAUUGGCAACUUCGUAUGCGAUCUUAUGCGAUACUAUUACUCCGCCGAAUGCUGCAUCAUGGCUUCCGGAACGAUACGUGGCGACCAGGUGUACCCACCUGGAGUCCUCAAGCUACGGGAUCUGGUCAACUGCUUCCCAUUCGAGGACCCUGUGGUUGUUCUCAAAGUCACCGGAAAGCAGAUUGUCGAGGCUUUGGAGAAUGGACUCAGUAACUACCCAGCAUUGGAAGGGCGAUUCCCACAAGUUUCGAACAUUACCUUCGACGCAGAUUACUCAAAGCCACCGAUGUCAAGGGUGUCCAACGUAACAAUCGCUGAAGACCCGGUAGACAACGAACGCGUCUAUGUCCUAGCUACGCGUGGUUACAUGGGCCGCGGCAAAGACGGUUACACAUCACUUCUCAUCGAGGAGGAGGGAGGGACUGCUGUGGAGAUAGUCAGUGAAGAGAAUGGUGUGCUCAUCUCCACGAUUCUUCGACAGUACUUCAUGUCGCUUAAGGUCCUUGGCAAAUGGAAGCGCUGGGGCAAGUCGAUGGACAAGAGGUUCCUGAACAUCCAGACCAACCUUCAGAAGAACCACAAGCAUGGGUUCCAUGAGCCUUCGCCAACCUCGCCGGUGGACAAGAAGACUCCUCAGCUCCCAAGUCUCGAUCGAGUAGCCAAGCAAGCUCAGGAAGCAGUGUCUGGGAGCGAAUCAGAAGACCCGGAUGCCGACGAAGACGAGGACGAUGGCGCGGAGUAUGAUGCAAGCAGGCCAAUCACAUUCAACCAGAAGGAGUUGGAUCUUCUCAGGAAGUCUCUGCGCAAGUGGUGCAGGUUGGCGAAGUUGGAGGGUUCGACAAAGCUAUGUGACGAGCUGGACCACGGGGAGAUACAAGUCAACUGGACAAAGGCCAUAGCGCCGAGGCUGGAGGGUAGGAUCAACGACAUCACUCCUGCAAAGUCCUAG